AAGGUCGGUGUGUUCAGCUCUGUAUCUUCCCUCUGACGCCAGUCGCCUGCAGCCAUGCUCAGUGAAACCUUCUUUGUGACGUCUCUGUUCUGUGCAGUCGCGUGUAGAACUAUUUAUUUGGAACACAAUACUAUAACACUUGAAGAGGUUACAUUUCUGAGGAAAUAUGGAUACAUGGAGGAAGCCGAAGGUGACUUCAGUGUGGAAGCGGACUUCGCGUACACCGAUCUGUCCGUAGAAGAAGCACUGAAGAAGAUGCAGGCGUUCGCUGGUCUGCCACAAACAGGAACAUUGGAUACUGAGACUAAAAAGCUUUUCAGGAGGAAACGUUGUGGUGUAAAAGAUAUUAUUAAAAAUGAGUCGACGAUAUCAAGAAACAAAAGAUACAUUCUACAACGGGGAUGGAAUAAGCACACCAUUACUUACCGAGUGCUGAACGGGUCGAGCACGCUGGACAAGAGUCGCGUAGAAGCACUCAUAGCGGAGGGGCUGGCGGUGUGGGCGCCGCACGGCAUGCUGCGAUUCAAGAAGGUGGAGACAGGUCCCGCUGACAUCAAGGUGUCGUUCGCUGCUGGCGAUCAUGGGGACGGGUUCCCUUUCGACGGGCAAGGCCGGGUGGUGGCGCACGCGUUCCCUCCUCCCCACGGCGCUAUACACUUCGACGACGACGAGCUAUGGGGCGGCGACCCUGACGCUGAGGACGACGACAUCACGGACUUCUUCGCCGUGGCCGUCCACGAGAUAGGACAUGCGCUUGGGCUUUCGCAUUCAAACGAUAAGGCGUCAGUCAUGUACCCCUACUAUCAAGUGCCUACGGAGAAACUGCAAAUGGACGAUAUACUCGGAAUGAGGGAAUUGUACCUAAAAGACGGAUCUCCAAGCGAUAUAGAGGAUGAUAUAGAGAGUUCCUCACAAUCGUCUCACGUGCCGCGUUUCACCAAGCCGGAUAGAGGCGAGGUUGAGGAGAACGAAAUCCCAGACCUAUGCCUCACAAACUACGACACGCUGCAGGUCAUCCGGGGGAAGAUCUACGUGUUUGAGGAAGAGUGGGUAUGGGUGCUUCGCGACAGGAACACGUUAGAGGAAGGCUACCCGAAGCGGUUCCACGAGGUGUUCAUCGGGCUGCCGGCCAGCGUCACCGUCAUCAAGACCAUUUACGAGAAACACAACAGGGAUAUCGUUAUAUUUUCUGGAAGAAACUACUGGCAGUUCAGUCCGUCAUUCCGCCUGAUGAUUCGCGGCAAUCUGUCCGAUUACCACAUACCACCUGAAGUGCCGGGCCUCACCACUGUGUUCAUAUCCAACUACAACAACAAGACUUACUUGAUCGACGACGAGAGGUUCUGGAGGUUUGAUGAGAUCACGGAGACUAUGGACGACGGGUACCCAAAGGAUAUGUCGGCGUGGCGGGAGGUUCCGUACCCUGUCGAUGCUGCUAUCAUAUGGAAAGGAGAUACGUACUUCUUCCGCGGGCCGCGGUUUUGGCGGUUCGACAACUCGUUAAUCAAAGCGCACGAGUACUACCCUCUACCCACCGCGCAGAUCUGGUUCGACUGCGAAGCCUCUGAGGACAUGAACCAGUACAUCACCAACGAUGGACCUUGACAUUCAUAAGGAGGAAAUAAAAAAUGCUUUAAAAAUA